AGGGAUCUACAGUUUCCAAAUCAAACCGUGGGCGUAUUUUUCCUUCAAUCUUGCUCUGAUUUUUUUUUCUCUUCUGGGUGUUGUCUGUGUUUUUUUACAUCUCUGAAGUUUCACUGGGCUGUUGCUCCUGACCAGACACGGACAGUCAGAGUUCGUUCUAUGUAGAAUUUUUAUAAAUCACUUCCCAGUUAUUCUCUCUCUUUUCGCUGCACUUUUAGGCAGCACAAGCAGACUGCUUUAGUUUAGCUGCUGUUAGCCUGACCUGCUAACUGGGAUCAAUGCAGGCCAUUAAGUGUGUGGUGGUGGGAGACGGGGCUGUGGGUAAAACAUGUCUGCUCAUCAGCUACACCACCAACGCCUUCCCAGGAGAAUACAUCCCCACGGUAUUUGACAACUACUCUGCUAAUGUGAUGGUGGACGGGAAACCAGUGAACCUGGGUCUGUGGGACACAGCAGGACAGGAGGACUACGACCGGCUGAGGCCGCUGUCCUACCCUCAGACAGACGUUUUUCUCAUUUGCUUCUCGCUCGUCAGUCCAGCUUCCUUUGAAAACGUCCGGGCCAAGUGGUAUCCAGAGGUCAGACACCACUGCCCCAAGACGCCAAUCAUCCUGGUGGGCACCAAGUUGGACCUGAGGGACGACAAGGACACCAUUGAAAAGCUGAAGGAGAAGAAACUCUCUCCCAUCAUCUAUCCACAGGGCUUGGCCAUGGCUAAGGAAAUAAGUGCAGUGAAGUACCUGGAGUGCUCCGCUCUGACGCAGCGCGGCCUUAAGACGGUGUUCGAUGAAGCCAUCAGGGCGGUCCUGUGCCCCCAGCCCACCAAGAAGCCCAGGAGGAGGAAGUGCACCGUACUGUAAGGACGACCCGUCCGGACCAGAACACACGGCCAGGAUGAAGGAAGAACAGCACACGGGUUCCCACAUCUGGCUCGUCUACCACGCCGGAUCAGAGCAUUUUGUUCAUAGAAAAAAGAAAAAAAAGAGUCAAUUUCCACCCUAUGAAAUUUUGAGAUUAAUCGCCGAAAUUUUCUGGACAAAACAAGAAAGUUUCUGAGUUUCAAAAGUGGAACAUUGUCGACGUUUGAAACUCAGAAAAGUCUGCAUUUUUUUCUAGAAAAUUUCUGAGAUGAAUCUUGAAAUUUCCAAGUUGUUGGUGGAAAUGCACUUCUUUUAAAAAAAAAAAAGUUCUAUCUCCAAUGGCCCUGAGAUGUUGUAUUCUUGGAAGAGAUGUUGUAUUCUUGGAAGCGAUAUUAUGUCUGACUUCCAUCUGGAAGAUCUUGGUAGAUCUAAGUGAAGCGUUUUUUUUUCUUUUUCUACUGAGUGGAACCAGAUGUUGGUGUGGUUGUUUACGUCUGGCUCUUUCAGAUCCAUUACUACAUGGUAAAUUUUGAAACGCACUCAGGAUGUGAGGGUAAGCGAUACGAUUGGAAAUUUUAUGAAAAAUAUUCCUGUAUUUUUGUCAUAUGCAAUGAAGAAACACUACUUGAAUGUGGAUUUGUCAUUUUACUAGAUUUUUACAGAAGAAGGUCCAGAGCUUCACUUUGCCCUGAACACUAAGAUUCCUGCUGCCUUUACUGAAUUUUACUUUCUGCAAAAAUGUUUUUAGAUCAUUUUUUUUGUUUUGUUUUGUUUUAAAUGUCACUUGAUUUGCUAGUGUUGCUUGACAGACUGGUUUGUUUACACAACUUCAUUUAGAUGGAGGUUUCAGAAACACAGAAAUCACAUUGUUGUUUUAAUGUUCGUUUUUCUCACUUGGAGUUGCACUGAUUUUCUCUCCGAUCUUUAAAAAGCUUGAACUGCCAAUUCCAAUUUUGACGGAUGGCAAUUUGUCAAUUGUCUGAAAAGUCGUUAAAUAUAUAAGUCUGAAAAUCAGCUGAUUUUUAUUUUUAUUUUAUGCGGAGGCGAAUAAUAUCGGUUUCUCAUCUGAGUAUCGGCCAAUUUCUCAAAGAUGGAGGAAAUGUGUGACGGUUUAUUGUUGCGCCGCUAAUUUCAACGUGUGUAGGACAUGGCGACCUCACACCUAACCCAUAAAAACUGACAGAAGGAAAAGAAGUCCAACUCCUGGAGGACAGUAUUUUAGUUGCAUUCACUGCAUUUAUCGAUUUUUUUUUUUUUUUUUUUAUUUCAGAACAUAUUUAUGUUGUCAUGAAGGUUUGUGGUUUUUUUAAAGCUUUAUUCCAAGUUUCUGAAGUGAGUCAGUGUUGUAAUAUCUAAUAGCUCAGUUAUUGUCGUGCGUUUAAUGUGGAAUAAAAAUUAGACAUGGGUUGGUUGGAAAUUCUCAGUCUGAUUCAAAUGACCCGUUUUGGUGCGAACAAAAAUGACAUACGACAACAAAGCUGUUUCAUUCCAUCUAAGAUGCUGCACUACAAUAUUAACCAGACUUUGAGCAGAAAUCCAGUCCAAAGCAGAACUUCUCUGGUUUUCUCCCAGCUGCUCUUCAGUAACAGUGGGAGUGAAAACGAGCUGGUCAGUGUGACUGUCUGCUGACCGGCUUGUGGAUCCAAACUGUGUUUUAAAGAACCCGUUGGCUUCAUAAAGGUGCUCAGUGGCGCCACCUGUGGUUCCGGCUCAACCGGGCUCCUUUUUCCUGCCAGCUAACCUAACAACACAGCAACACGUUGGGGAGGGGGCAGCGCUAUUCUGUUCCAUUUCGCCAAAGAAAACUCAGGUCACAAUCACUUAACAAAAAGUGAUUGUUCUUUAAUUAGAAGAACGGCUCAACAGGAACAUGUCUGGUGGUUUUUGGAGCUCUAAUCUUUCUAAACUGUGACCGGCCCAUCCUUAAUGCUGAAUGAAUAAAACUGAACCAGCACAGGUACUCUGAAGAUCCAUCAAUUCUGGACACUUUGUAAUCGUUUUCAAUACAGCAGUAUCUUUAUGUAGUGUUGUGUAUUUUUUAAAGCAAAUAAACCAUUUACAAAGCUC